AUGUGGGCCGCCGCGAGGUUAGCGCUGUGGCGCUGCGCCCGCGCCGCCGCCCUCGGGCCGCGCGCCUAUCACGGGGACGCGGUGGCCACGCUGGGCACCCAGCCCGACUCGGGCUCUGCCGUCUAUCAGGAAAACUAUGAACAGAUGAAAGCACUAGUAAAUGAACUCCAUGAACGAGCACAGAAAAUUAGACUAGGAGGUAGUGAGAAAGCCAAAGAACGCCAUACAUCAAGAGGAAAACUGUUAGCCAGGGAAAGAGUUGAUGGCCUUCUGGACCCAGGGUCUCCAUUUCUGGAAUUAUCCCAGUUUGCAGGUUACCAGUUGUAUGAUAAUGAGGAGGUCCCUGCAGGCGGCAUCAUUACAGGCAUUGGGAGAGUAUCAGGAGUGGAAUGUGUGAUUGCUGCCAACGAUGCCACUGUUAAAGGCGGCACCUACUACCCGGUGACGGUGAAGAAACAUUUACGGGCACAAGAAAUUGCAAUGCAAAACAGGCUCCCCUGCAUCUACUUGGUUGAUUCGGGAGGUGCAAACUUACCUCGACAAGCAGAAAUAUUUCCAGAUCGAGAUCACUUUGGCCGCAUAUUCUAUAAUCAGGCAAUUAUGUCUUCUCAAAAUAUCACACAGAUAGCAGUGGUCAUGGGCUCCUGUACGGCAGGAGGUGCUUACGUGCCUGCAAUGGCUGAUGAAAACAUCAUUGUACGCAAGCAGGGUACCAUUUUCUUGGCUGGACCCCCCUUGGUUAAAGCAGCAACUGGGGAAGAGGUGUCAGCUGAGGAUCUUGGAGGCGCUGAUCUUCAUUGCAGAAAGUCCGGAGUCACUGACUACUAUGCUUUGGAUGAUAAUCACGCCCUUCACUUAACUAGGAAGAUUGUGAGAAGUCUCAAUUAUCAGAAAAAAUUGGAUGUUACCAUUGAACCUUCUGAAGAACCUUUAUUUCCAGCAGAUGAAUUGUAUGGAAUAGUGGGCGCUAACCUUAAGAGGAACUUUGAUGUCCGAGAGGUCAUUGCUAGAAUUGUGGAUGGAAGCAGAUUCAAUGAGUUCAAAGCCUUAUAUGGAGACACAUUAGUAACAGGAUUUGCUAGAAUAUUUGGAUAUCCAAUUGGCAUCAUUGGAAAUAAUGGAGUUCUCUUUUCUGAAUCUGCAAAAAAGGGUGCUCACUUCAUCCAGCUAUGCUGCCAAAGGAAAAUUCCUCUGCUGUUUCUACAAAACAUUACUGGAUUUAUGGUUGGUAAAGACUAUGAAGCUGAAGGAAUAGCCAAGGACGGUGCCAAGAUGGUGACUGCUGUAGCCUGUGCCAAAGUGCCUAAGAUAACUGUCAUCAUUGGUGGAUCCUACGGGGCUGGAAACUAUGGGAUGUGUGGCAGAGCGUACAGCCCAAGAUUUCUUUACCUUUGGCCAAAUGCUCGUGUCUCAGUGAUGGGAGGAGAGCAGGCAGCCAACGUGUUGGCAACAAUAGCGAAGGACCAGAGAGCGAGGGAAGGGAAACAGUUCUCCAGCGCUGAGGAAGCUGCUUUAAAAGAUCCCAUUAUUAAGAGGUUUGAAGAGGAAGGAAACCCUUACUAUUCCAGUGCAAGGCUGUGGGAUGAUGGGAUUAUUGAUCCAGCGGACACCAGACUGGUCCUGGGUCUCAGUCUCAGUGCAGCCCUCAACGCACCAAUCGAGAAGACAGACUUUGGCAUCUUUAGGAUAUAA